AUGAUCUGCUCACGGACAACAAAGACAACCUUGGUGGUCAUGCUCGGCUUGGCCACUGGCGCUUUGUGCCAGGAUGGAGGCGAUCCUCGAGAUGUGAAGCCAGAACGAUGUGAAGGGGUCUCUACAAUUGAAGCUGUCAUCCCCACUAUCAAAGAUCUCAACGGGCAGGAUUUUCAUCAGGAAGUAGGGAAGAUGAAUUACUCCUUGGCCAUGACUGGAAACUUAGUCUUGAAUAGUAGCGUAACUGCAUGGCACUGUGGGCCAACGAAGAAUGAGGUGGAGUCGAAUGGCACAAUGCGCACAUUGACCACCGUAUACGGCGCCGGUCAACAAGCUUGCUAUAGCGAUCCUAUACCGGUCGAUAAUACAUGGAUCACAGGUUGGAACACGAUAGUUUUUUCAGGUGAAUUGUAUUUCAGUGUAAUCGUACACGAAAAGACCUGCGCCUCGCCUCCAACCCUCAUAGACAUCAAUAGUCCAUGCUCAUACAAUGCAACUACAGAAGGAGGCCUUGUAGGAACUGGAGUUUGCCGGUGGACCAUUACAGAUAAAGUCCAUAACGCUGGUGAUCAGCCCGAUGGACAAGAUGGUGAAGAUGGAUCAGGUGAAGGAGAGUAA